UUACCCUCUCUAGCCAGACUCGAAUCCGAAUUAAGCUUCUCGGCAAAGAGGCCACAGGGCCCCGUCUCAGGCAUCGACAAAUUCCAGCUGCCGUCAACGUCGGAGUUCGGUCAGGGAAAAACUCAGAAGAGACGGACCUUCUGGCUCGUUGCCUAAGAAAGUAAUUGUAUUAAUCUAAUGACCGAAGGUGGAAACACGUCCGCAACCAUUUUAGAUUUCAAUCUGGUUUGCAGAAAUGCGAUCUACAUGGUUUAAAUUUAGCAGAGACUGGUUGGGAAGAAGCGAAUCAAGUAGUCUAUAACACGAAUAUCAGUCGUUUCAUUUCCGCGAUUUCGAUUUAUUAGUGCACUGAAUUUGUAUUGUGCUUGAAGGGUGUUUCAAGGAGGGAACCAGUUAUGAUUCUCUCCUCUGAUUUGCAGGAUUUCAUUCUUCGUGCUCGAGUGCUAAAGUUGUACAGACAAGCACUUAGGACUGCCCGGAGAGCUCCAGGCCAUGCUAGAGCUGAACUGAGGCAGACGAUUAGGCAAGAGAUGGAGAACAAUCGGGGCAGCAAAGACAGGCAGAGGAUUCGUUUCUUGAUCAGUGAAGGAUUAGAGAGAUUGAAAGGUCUGAAGGAGAUGCUUGAUAUGCAGGGUCACUCUUAGCUGUGUUUGGAAGUUCAUAUUUUAUGCCUUGGAUUCAAAUUUUUUGUGACAAAACUUAAUGCUACUUUCUCUGUGUAUCUUGUUCAAAUUCAUACAAAUUCAAAUCCAAUAUCUGAAAUUCAAACUUCCAAAUGUGUGGAUGUGAAAUGAGGUCCCAUAAUGGGAUAUGAAACCUUUAUAAAUUCUAUUAUUUUUGAGUUGUUUUGAUUAA